AUGGAUCUAGCGGCCAACGCGGAGAACAAGCUUCGUAGCCUGUCGCAGAAGGACGAGUUUGCGGCGUUUACCGACUUCUUGACUGAAUAUACGAACCUCACCGACGUAUGCGACUGGGAUGGUACGGCCCGCGUUCGUGGUUUCCGUGAGCGGCUUUCCAAGCCUAUGCGGGAGGCCCUCAACAUGCAGAUCAAUACCCCGGAGCGCAACGAUUUCGAAGGCUGGGUCAAGAUGGCCCAGACACUGGCAAUCAACAUGGAGGGCGAAGACCACCUCCGCAAGGCAGCCAGCAACAACAACGGUAGUCAGAACCGCAGCAACGGCAACGGCGGCAAGGCCAAGGAUCCCGAUGCCAUGGACCUCGACCAGAUGAGGAUCAACUUGGCAAAGAUCCCUGAAGAGGAGAAGCUACGUCGAGCCAACGAUGGCCUCUGCUUCAACUGCGGUAAAGCCGGCCACCAGGCCCGCCAGUGCCGUAGCCCCACAUACCCGAGCCGUGGUGGUCGUGGCGGCUCUCGCGGUGGCGGCCAGCGCGGUGGCUAUGGCGGCGCUUACAACAGCCAGGGCUACUCUCAGGGUUAUUAUAGCCCUCAGCAAGGUGGGAACAACAAUUAUUUCGGAGGCGCUUACCAGCAGCAGCGAGCGUUCAACGGCCCUGGUAACAACGCGAAUACCGGCAAUAGUGGCAAUUACCAAGGUCCUCCGACUCGCCGCGGCGAGAUGCGUGGCGAUUUCCGGGGCGGCUACAACUCCCAGGUCCGUUUCUUGAACGUGCAGAACCCAGGCCAUGUGGUAGGCGAGGUCGACUCCGAGGACGGUUGGAGCGGCGAUGGCCAGCCCACCACGAACUACGAAGUCAGGCACCAUAUUCCGUUAACGAGACUACCAGAAAAGAGGCCACUGUUCCUUGCCGACGGCGCUCUAUCGUCAUGGAUUGAGUGGAAGACACAAGUGGGCCUAGUGAUUGGCGACCAUCGCGAGCAACUACAGUUCUUUAUUACAACGUUAGCGGAGGAUAACCCAGUCAUCCUCGGCUUCCCGUGGCUGAGAAAACACAACCCGGCCGUGGAUCGGGAGAAAUUAUCCCUUACUUUUCGUGAGGGCUGCCGGGGGCACUGCCGGCCGCCCCGAGCAAUUGGGCCGACCACAGUUUCCGACCCUGGGAAGCGAUUCCAUAUGUAUGUCGAGGAUGUCGAGGACGAAGGCGAACCCGAGGGGCAGCCGGAGACCGUUGUUAGCAAAUUAUCUGUGGAACAAAGGGCAGCGAGAUCACGCAGGAGGCGCAGCUGGCGCCUCCGCCAACAGCUGUUACAGCAUCGCAACGCCGCGGAGGCGAGAGGAGGCCCCCGGUGGACAAUGGCGCCACCACACGCAAGGGCCAGAAUGAUACCAAAUCAGCCCUCUUGUUCUCCCCGGCAGGCGAGAAUGGUAGCGGGGAAGCGAGCAACACCAGCCCAGCCGCACCGGGCACUGCCGACCCCUGGGGUGGCACGACGGACCGAGCGCAUCGACGGCGCUGAUAUUAAGUUGCUGAACGCACCGAAUUUCGCCCUGCUCUGCCGCCAGAAAGGCGUCGCGGUCAUGAGAACCACCUUCGGCGAGCUGGAGCAGGCGAUGAAAGAGGUACCAUAUACCGAGCUUCCCGACCUGCCAGACGGGUUCUUCAGGGACCUUCUCCACCGCAAUGGUGAUGCAGGCGAUUACAGGGCACGACUGCCAGCUGUUUUUCAUAGCUUUGUUGACGAAGUCUGGCGAGAUGGACCGACGAUGCGGCGCAUCACCGAGGAGGAUGCCCGCAAGUUCUUCGACAAGUCGAAUAAACCGUCUCUGACAGCUGACGAGAUCAAGGCGCGACUUCCUCCUGAGUACCGCGACCUGUUUGAAGCGUUUCUACUAAAGCGGUGA